GUGUUGAGUACUAAUUAAUUGCAUUGCUAGCACCUUUCAAAAAAUCAAAGGAUGGUUUAAAAAUGAUAGAGGUCAAUGUAUAAAUUUAUUUUAAGAGCGCCUCUAAGAUGAUUAAAUUAGAUCAAAUCCAUCUCCAUCAUAAGCACCUAAAUAUUCAUGAGGAUGAGUAAGAUAAUCUCCAUCUUUAUGGCACCUUUCUAAAAGUAAAUGAUUUCCAAUUACUUUUUCUAUGAUAUUAGUACCUUAAAAUUAUAGAGAUACUAAUUGAUGAAAGAAAAGUGUCAUUGAAUAUUAUAUAGAACAUAAAUCUUAU